AUGAUCAGAGCUCCGAGCUUCAUACAGAAUCAUGGGCGCGCCCUGGCUGUGGCGUGGCGUCGGAGCGGGGCUGUGGCGCGGUCGGCCUCCGUACCUCCCUCCUGCAGGGCCUGCCGCGAUGUGCACACUUCGGCUGCGGUGCAAGGCAAGGAUGACCAGACAGGCCGCGACCAUUUAGGGCGCCCCGUGCCCUCUGCCGAGGUGAAGCGCGCGGCAGCCAAGGUAGCGGGAUGGAAGGACUCCUGGGACAAGCCUGUGGCGGGGCAGCAAGGCGGCACACUCAAGGACAUCCUGAAACAGCAGCCUGAGUUGCUCAAGCCCACCAAAGAGGCUGCUGGAUCCUCCUCCUCAGACAAAGACGCCUCGGUGCCGCACUUGCCACACCGUCAGCCUGCAUCCGCAGCCGCCAAGCCCCCACGCGCCAGGAAGACACCACCUCCAAAACAGGCCGCGCCCAAGCCCACACCGGCCAAACCUGCGACUCCAGCACAGAAGAAAGCUGCCCCACCGACCACAGCCGCCAAGAAACCUGCUUCUGAGCCUGCAGCUGCAAAGCAGAACCUGCAGCUGCAAAGCCCGAACUCAAAGCUGCAAAGCCUGAACCAGCAGCUGCAAAGCCUGAACCAACAGCUGCAAAGCCUGAACCUGCAGUUGCAGAACCAGCAGCUGCAAAGCCCAAACCAGCAGCUGCAAAGCCUGAAGCAGCAGCUGCAAAGCCUGAAGCAGCAGCUGCAAAGCCUGAAGCAGCAGCUGCAAAGCCCAAACCAGCAGCUGCAAAGCCCGAACCAGCAGCUGCAAAGCCUGAACCAGCAGCUGCAAAGCCUGAACCAGCAGCUGCAAAGCCUGAACCAGCAGCUGCAAAAAAGCCUGAACCAGCAACUGCAAAGUCUGAACCAGCAGCUGCAAAGCCCAAACCAGCAGCUGCAAAACCUGAACCAGCAGCUGCAAAGCCUGAACCAGCAGCUGCAAAAAAGCCUGAACCAGCAACUGCAAAGUCUGAACCAGCAGCUGCAAAGCCCAAACCAGCAGCUGCAAAACCUGAACCAGCAGCUGCAAAGCCUGAACCAGCAGCUGCAAAGUCUGAACCAGCAGCUGCAAAGCCCAAACUAGAAGCUGCAAAGCCUGAACUAGCAGCU